AUGUCCACGGACCCCGCCAAUCAAUUUCCCUUCGAGAGAGGACUCCCUAACCUAAGAUCUCCGCCGCCGCUCGCUGUUUCCGCAGAGGAUAACUCAACUAUCGAUGUGACAACGUUCGCAUGGCUCAAAUCACCUGCUGCUGCGUCCGCCGCACCAUCUAUCAACAAAAGGAAGCGUCUUCGCCGCUCCCUCAUCUGGAUGGAUAUCGUAAAGAGAUUAACACGCAGUGAGCGGUUGCUGGGUCUUUUGAAGUACUAUCAAGAUGAAAGGAGAGAUCCCGCUUCAAAGAAGGAUAUUGAAGAUUGGCUCCGUAGUCGUAUCCCGGGAGCUUCUGGGGUUGGUAACCUCUUGGAGGAGACAAUCCGUAUCCUUUCGGAGGAAGAUGGAAAGAAGGGCGAGAUCACCAAAGAUAGGCAGUACUUGAUAAAGGUUUAG